UCCCACAUCAGAGGUCAUUGUGCGCUCGGUGUGACGUCAUCAGCGCGCGACGCGGGAUGCAGCGGGCGGCGAGGAGCGCGGCGUGGGCUGUCCCCUCCCGGUUCCUGCUCACCGGAGCUCCGGUUCAUGCCAUGGAUAAGGAGUCUCUGCUCCAGCUCCGGCGCCGAACGGGGCUCCCGAUCCUGCAGUGCAGGGAGGCUCUGCAGAGCUGCGGGGGGGACCUGGCGCAGGCCGAGGCCUGGCUGCUGGAGCACGCUCGCCGCCAUGGUUGGAGCCCCAGAGCUCAGGAGCGGCCGGCGAGGGAGGGGCUGGUGGGGCUGAUCCGGGAGGGUCACGUGGGGGUCAUGGUGGAGGUCAGCUGUGAAACAGACUUCGUCGCUCGCACCCCCGAGUUCCAGCAGGUUGUGGCUCAGGCAGCGCUCGGAGCUAUGGAGCUGUGCAGGAGAGCGACACCUGGCGGCAGGGGGUGCUCACAGCACUUCCUUGAGCCUGAGGAACUGGCUGAGCUCCGGACUGGGCCUGGGGGGGGGCCCCUGAGUGAGGAACUGGCUCUGGCACAGGGCCGCCUGGGCGAGGCCGUGACCCUCCGGCGCGCCGCGUGGCUGCGCAUGCGCGCGGGCUCCGGCUUCGUGUCCGGGUACGCGCACGGGGGGCCGGGGGCGUGGCCUGCGCAGGGGGCGGGGUCAGGACAGGGGGCGGGGCCCGGAGGGGGCGUGGCCCUGGGGUCCCUCGGCGCGCUGGUGGCGUGGGGCGCGCGGGGCGUGGCGCGCGGCGGCGCGCGGGGGGCGGGGCUGGAGGCGCUGGCGCGCCAAGUGGCGCAGCACGUGGUCGGGUUCGCGCCGCGGCGGGUGGGGCGCGCGCGGGAAAAGCCGCGGGAGCGCGGGAAAGGGGAGGGGGAGGGGCAGGGGGAGGCGCUGAUGACGCAGGAGUUCCUGCACGCGCCCGGGCGGAGCGUGGGGCGGGUCCUGCGCGCGCUCGGGCCCCUCCGGGUCACCGGGUUCGUGCGGUUCCGGUGCGGGGAGGAGCCCACGGCGGACGUGACGUCACGGUGACGUC